GCCUAUUGUAGUCUGUAUCCUCGGUGUUAUAGAAAGAGAGAGAUCGUGUCAAGCUGAACACAGGCAAGCACGCACCAAGACCUGAAAGCAUAUUGAAUGCACAAGGUUUGGUUUUUUGUCCAACAAGCGCCCUCCACACAUAAGAGCAUCAAGCACCAGGGCUGACUCGGUAACCGUAGGUUGUUGACUGCUUGGUAUCUCAUAGGAUCGCUUUCUUGCCUCCACCCGGCGAGCGAUGUUUGCAGCUGCGCGGCCUAUCGGGACAGGCAUGGCGCACCCUCCCUCGCUUCUGGUUCAUAUGCGAGGCAGGCCCAGGGCUAGUGCUUGCUGCGCCUACAGCACAUCUCAGCAUGAGUCAGAAAACCCUCCGUUGCCUCGUUUUCCGUCGCCCUUCUACAGCCUUUACCGACUCCUCCUCCGAUCCGCAGCUGCUUCGGUACUUGCUGAGCCCGAUUCCACAUCGACACUGCGGGGUCUAUGGCGGCAGGUCUUCUCGCAGGCAACCUCGGUCAUGGGGAGGUUUCAGAGCAGUAACCGCCCCUCUCACAAUCGACGAAUCGCUAUGAAUAAAUGGCUGCAGGAGUGGGACAAGCGCAUGGAUAGCACCCUAGAGCUCCUGUAUUACUCCGCCAUAACGCGAGGAUUACCGCACCAGGUGACUCGGAACCUGUCGAAGAUGGCUCGCGCGAACAAGGACAACAUCAGCCCCCCGCCCUACCGCCUCGAGGGCGGUGUCUGGGAUGGCACUCUACCCCCGGAUCACCCCGCCUAUAAACCCGGGCACGUCAAAACGAGACGGACAAACCGGACAGCGCGGCAGAGGGACAAGGAUCUGCUCGUAGAUCGCUCUUCGCACAUGCUGAACGAGGUGAUCGGGAUGGCGGAGGGCUUUGGAGGCGUGUCGUUGGGCAGGAUGCAGCGUAAACGGUAAUGGCGCUGCUGAUGGGUGCGUCCGAGUCUCUGGUGCGAAGAACCGGGGGGAAGCAGGAGCAGGCUAGGGAAUGCGGGGUUAUGUCGUUGAGUUCUCAGACGGCACUCAUCGGAAGCAUACGUGACACUCGUCGCAUAAUCGCACCGGGAUAGGUUGUAUCACUUCCUCAACGACGACGACGGAA